UGCCAUAAAGCUCUUCCUACAGAAAAAUAUGCAAGCCCAGCUCAUUUCCAGUGUAUAAUAAUCAUUAAGGCUCCCAUGAGUGAACCUCUGAUGCUUUUUUGGCCAAUGAUUAACCUUAAGCCCUCCUUCCCCCUUAUGCACUUGGAUUAAAAAGGCAAUAUGGAGAGAGAAAGCAAUAGGCAUGAGUGGUGCAUUCUCUAACUCUAUGGACUAAAGGGUGAAGUCAUCUGACAAAUAAUUCAGGAGCAGCACACCAGGCAGUGAGAUUGAUUUUAUUAGGGUUAGAAAAGAAAGAAAGGUUCUGUCGUGUGACCAGGCUGAAUUCAGGAUGUUUAUAAGCUCCAUCAUGCUGCUUUUACUGGUGCCAGUGAUGUUUGUAUGGUACAGACGGCAGCUAUUGACUUUUCCGUUUAUUCAGCUCCAUAGUCUUCUUUGUUCUGGAGAGUCUGCUGUAAUUAGAGUUUAUAGAGUUUUCUUGUACAGAAGUCUAGUGUUUAGUGUAAGGCUUUACUUGUCAAGACUUUAAGAGUCUGUCUGUGACUCCAUAUUCCUAUGACCCAGGGUAAGUCAUAUAACCAGAGUUUUGAUUCAGCUUCCCAGCCUGGAAACCAAUACCAUCCUCAGAGGGCUUCAUUCAUUUGAUUAAGAUUUUUGGAUAAAAGUUGUUUUAAUAGGAGAAAAACACUAUCAUUCACAUUCUUAUUAAGCCAUAAGUGCUUACCUUUUGAUCUGGAUAGAGAACAGAUGUGGAGGGAUAAAAUUUCUCUGUUAGUCUCAUUUCAUAUAGCCCUGGUACCUGUAUGUUCUAUUAAAAAACUCUCCAGGGCAGUAGCUGGGAACAUGGGCGUGUGAUUUCUGGGUGUUCUGGGUAGCACACAUCUUGGGACAGUAACCUGUUAAGUACUGAGCAGGGACUGGCAACAGCAGAGCAGCAGCAUGCCUCUCCUCACCAUACACAGCUGGCGGAUGAGCUGGACUCCGCUGCUGGUACUGGGGUAUCUCUUUUACCUCCUCUUGGGUGCUAUGGUGUUCCAGCUGCUUGAGAAGCAGGCAGAGACCCACUUUCGGGACCAGUUCCAGCUGGAGAAGCUUAACUUCCUGCAGAACUACACAUGCUUGGACAGACAAGCCCUGGAGAAGUUUGUACAGGUCCUCAUGGAAGCAUGGGAAAAAGGGGUCAACCCAGAAGGAAACUCUACAAAUCCCAGCAACUGGAACUUCAGCAACUCCUUCUUUUUUGCAGGAACUGUUGUCACCACUAUAGGUUAUGGUAACCUGUCCCCCAGCACAGUGGCAGGGCAGAUCUUCUGUGUGUUUUAUGCCUUAUUUGGAGUGCCCCUCAACCUGGCCUUCCUUAAUCAGCUGGGGAAAGGUCUCAAUGCUCAUCUGCUUACCCUGGAAAGAUGGGUGCAAAAGCCAGGCCGUGCCCAGGUGGUUCAAACACUGGCAGUGGCCAUCUUCUUGUCCACUGGGACUUUGCUUUUUCUAGUGUUCCCGCCAUUAGUCUUCAGUUAUGUAGAAGGCUGGAGCUAUGGAGAAGGCUUUUACUUCACUUUCAUCACCCUGAGCACCAUUGGAUUUGGAGACUAUGUAGUAGGCACAAACCCCAACAAGCACUAUAUCCCUGUGUACAGGAGCCUGACUGCAAUUUGGAUUGUCUUUGGCUUGGCCUGGCUGGCUCUGGUCUUCAACGUGGGAGCUGACUUGAUGGAAAAAUUCCUUCAACUAAAGGGGCAUAAGUCUGACUCAAGCUUGGCAGAAGGAGGCACCACCAAAUUGGAAGAUGAACCUGAGCAGCGUAGAAUCCAUAUCCCUAGCUGAGCAAGGUACAAAGAGAGCAGUCUGAAACUGCAUCUUUCAUCUGUAUCUCACACUAAGCAAGCCCUGUGGAUAAAGGACUAAACCACAGGUUUUGGACUGUUUCCUAAGGAGGAAAUGUUCCAGAAACAUGGAAAUUUCCACACCCUGUGUAGGCAUCAGCUUACACAAAACCUCCAAAGGAGUAGCUAUACAACUGUCCCAGGAUUCAUUUAACAAUUCUCACUCAAAAAAGGCAAUUUCCCCUGAAGUAAUCAAUUAUUAUCCUUUGUCUUCCUC